UUGUGUGAAGUAGGCAAAAAGAUCAUUUUGUCCGUACACGAUAUUGCACGAUACACUGACGCGGUUUUGAUUGAAAGUGGUGUAUAGUUGUUUUAGUUUUAAUAAAAGAAAUUAUAAAUAAAUUAUUUUAAAAAUGGCAAUGCAACCUCAUAGUAAAAAACGUGUAUGUUAUUAUUACGACAGUGAUAUUGGUAAUUAUUAUUAUGGGCAGGGACAUCCCAUGAAACCGCAUCGUAUACGUAUGACCCACAACUUACUCUUAAAUUAUGGAUUGUAUCGCAAAAUGGAAAUAUAUAGGCCACACAAAGCUACAGCCGAUGAAAUGACAAAAUUCCAUUCAGAUGAUUACAUUCGAUUUUUACGUUCAAUUCGACCGGAUAAUAUGUCUGAAUACAACAAACAAAUGCAAAGGUUUAACGUUGGAGAAGAUUGUCCAGUAUUUGAUGGUCUAUACGAAUUUUGUCAAUUAUCUGCUGGUGGUUCAGUUGCUGCUGCUGUAAAAUUAAAUAAACAAGCUUCCGAAAUAUGUAUAAAUUGGGGCGGUGGCUUACAUCACGCUAAAAAAUCCGAAGCAUCUGGCUUCUGUUAUGUGAAUGACAUUGUGUUAGGUAUCUUAGAAUUAUUAAAAUAUCAUCAACGUGUUUUAUAUAUUGAUAUCGACGUUCAUCACGGGGAUGGUGUUGAAGAAGCUUUUUACACAACUGAUCGUGUUAUGACAGUUUCAUUCCAUAAGUAUGGUGAAUAUUUCCCUGGUACUGGUGACUUACGUGAUAUUGGUGCUGGUAAAGGCAAAUAUUAUGCUGUAAAUAUACCUUUACGUGACGGUAUGGACGAUGAUGCAUACGAAAGUAUAUUCGUUCCAAUUAUAAGUAAAGUACUUGAAACGUUUCAACCAAGCGCUGUUGUUUUACAAUGUGGAGCCGAUUCAUUGACUGGUGAUCGAUUAGGUUGUUUUAAUUUAACGGUUCGUGGGCAUGGAAAAUGUGUCGAAUUUGUUAAACGGUCUGGUUUACCUUUCAUGAUGGUUGGCGGAGGUGGAUAUACAAUACGAAACGUUUCACGAUGUUGGACAUACGAAACAUCAGUCGCAUUAGGAACUGAAAUCGCUAAUGAAUUACCUUAUAAUGAUUAUUUCGAAUACUUUGGUCCCGAUUUCAAAUUACAUAUCAGUCCUAGCAAUAUGGCAAAUCAAAAUACACCAGAAUAUUUAGAGAAAAUUAAAACGAGAUUAUUUGAAAAUUUACGAAUGUUACCACAUGCACCAGGAGUUCAAGUACAAGCAAUACCAGAAGAUGCACUACAAGAAGAUUCAGAUAACGAGGAUAAUGUUAACAAAGAUGAAAGAUUACCACAACGAGAUUUAGAUAAAAGGAUAGCACCCGAUAACGAGUAUUCAGAUAGUGAGGAUGAAGGUGAAGGUGGUCGAAGGGAUAAUCGUAGUUAUAAAGGGCGUAAACGGCCGCGAUUGGAAACAAAAAGUCAAGGUGGCGAUGCAGAUCGUGCAUCAAGUACAACAGAUGCGGGUAAUGAUCAAAAGGAUGAUAUUAAAAAUGAUCGAUCUGAUAUUGAAGAUACAAAACCACCACUUUCGAGUGAAGAUACGAAAAAAGAUUCCGGGCCAAAUCCGUGAUUCUUGUAGUAAUUUCGUUAUAAAUUUUGAUUUAUUUUACUUUAUAAAAAUUUAGGUAUAGUUUUUCAUACUUAAAAAAAAAUUAUAUAAAAAUAUAGACAUUAGUGGCAUGUUCCAACCGAUACGGAAGAAUCAUAUUAAACCAGAUUAUAUGAUGAUGAUUCUCAGGUUUAUACAAGAGUAUAAAAAAGAAGUGUAUGUAUAAACUUAUACGACAUGAUGUUUGAAUUGAUCGUUUGGAAUAUAAUUUAUUUUAUUUAAUUAUGAAAUGAGAGAAGUUGCGUGCGUAAAGUUUAAAAAUUUGAUCUCGAAUGAUGGUCCGCUAUUUAAAAAUGUGCAUUCUUAUGGUAAUUGAUAGUUUUUAUUAAUUUACAGAAAAUACGAUUUAGAAUAUUUUUUUCAAACAAUAUAUAAGAUUCCUCUUUUUGAUUCUUGAAGGUUCUGAAAGAUAUUUUUUCUAUAUUGGAACCUCUAUUAAAUGCCGUCAGAAUCACAUAGAAUCAGUUUAAAAUUUCGGCAGGGCUAGUUUAAAGAUGUGCAUAAUUUUUUUGUUGGUGUGCAGUUUUAUGAAUUUUUGCUUUCUCUAUGUUUAUCUUCGAAUAUUACUUUGUACAAAGUGGCAAAUUGUACUAAAAAUACAUUUAGCUAACAUUCGGCGAUGACAAUCAGUUUCUGUCUGCUACAU